UCAAAAACAGUGCCGUUUGUACUGUCAAUAAACGGCAAGACACUAACCGUUGUAAUGCCGACAUUUCAGACACAAUCCAAAAGUCACUCCUGCUUUCUGAGGUGAGAGCCUGAUACUGCAAUCGAUAUAAAACUCAAGGAUAAGACUUUUUGAUGCAGAGAGAUAGUUGAAACAAGCCAAAAAAAUGGCAGCUUUGAGUUCCAUGGCUAUGUCAUGUUUACAUUGUCAUUCACUUUCUCGCAACCAAAGUUGUUUCCUUUCAUCCCCAAUUCCAAAACCCUUGUUUAGAAUCCCAUCUCAGACGAAACCUAGAUCCUCAUUUUCCUUUUGCCUUAAGCAAAGUGAUCGUGGCAGUGAUCGUGGCAGAGACGAAGAAGAAGACAAAGAGGAAGAGGAAGAAGAGGAAGAGUGUUCGGUUGUGUCAGCCGUAAGAAGCAGAUACAAUGAGAUUGUUAUAGUGGAUACUGUUGAUUCUAGAUAUCUUCUUCUUGAUUCCACUAGGAAUGUGCAUAGUGUAAUCAACAAAGGAGGCCAGAAUUGGACUGGAUCUUAUUGGGAUGAGUCUGCGAGUUUGCCGCCUAUUAUCCCUGAUGGUCCCAUUGCAAUCUAUGGCUUAGGUGGUGGAACAGCUGCAAGAUUGAUUCUUGAGUUAUGGCCUUCAACGCAGCUUGAAGGUUGGGAGAUCGAUGAAAUUUUGAUUGAGAAAUCAAGAAACUAUCUCGGGCUGUCUGAGCUAGAGAUACCAACAUCAGAAGGCGGUAGACUUUGUAUUCAUAUAGACGAUGCUCUCUCUCCUUCUCAAGAUGAUUCAGGAAGAUAUGCUGGGAUCAUCGUUGAUUUGUUCGCUGAUGGAAAGGUCUUAGAUCAGCUGCAAGAGGUUGCAAUGUGGCUGGAGCUGGCGAGUCGGUUAAUGCCUAACGGUCGUCUUAUGGUGAAUUGUGCCGGAAUCGAAGCAGAAAUACAAAAUGGAAAACCACAGUUGGUGUUAGAUGAUUUAGCUUGGAUGUUGAAUUCUACGGUCAAGGUCUUGUCAGAAGCAUUUCCUGGACAAGUUAGCUGGAAGAGAACACCAGAUUCACAAGGUCUCAACUUUGUUGCCUUAACUGGAGGCUUACCUGAUCUUAGUGAGUGGUCUAACAAAGUUCCAUUACGUUUGAGUGAAACAGUGAAGCUAUGGAAGCUUUGCGAGACCCCUUUAGAUAUUGGUGCUUUGAAUGCAUCUUAAUUCUUAACAUCAAGAUUUCUAAUGAUUAAGAUUUGAUCAGUCAAUUACAGUGUAUGUAUGUUCUCUAUCUGAGUUAUAUAUGAAUUUCACAUUUCAACUC